AUGGAGGCAAGCGACCCGAGCCCUACGUCCCUCCGCUUGUUCGUCACGGACAGAAACUCCAAGAAGGGAUUUUUAAUUGAUACCGGCGCCGAUCUCUGCGUUUACCCACGAACAUUUCUACGCGGGCCGCGAGAGAAGUCAACGUACGAGCUCACGGCGGCAAACAACAGCGUCAUUGCGACUUAUGGGACGAUCACAAUUACGCUCAACCUCGGGUUACGCCAGGCCUUCACGUGGAGGUUCGUCGUCGCCGACGUGCCUAAACCAAUCAUCGGAGCGGAUUUCCCGUUCUAUGGAUUGCUCGUCGACGUUCGUGGUCGCCGCCUAGUGGAUCAGCUGACUUCGUUGACUGCCAAAGGUCACGUCGAAAAGGGUAAUAUCCCCGGCGUUAAAACCAUUGCUGGAACGUCGAUCUAUCACGAGCAGUUACGGAAGUUUUCUGAAAUCACGCGCCCGGCCGGCGCUCCUGCCGAGCCGAAACAUUCGACCCAACACCACAUCCGAACAACACCAGGUCCUCCCGUGGCAAAUAAGCCAAGACGUUUGCCGACGGAGAAACUGCGCGCGGCCAGGAAGGAAUUCGAGACCAUAAUCCAGUUUGGGACAGCACGACCAUCGGAAAGCUGCUGGGCAUCACCACUGCACAUGGUCCCGAAGAAAGCCAGCGACGAAUGGCGUCCAUGCGGAGAUUACCGCGCCCUCAACGCAAGGACCUUGCCAGACCGAUACCCCGUCCGACACAGAGGAUUUCGCGCAGUCCUUACGAGGUAA